CCGUCUGUCCAACUACCGGGUUUCACUACUCCCUUUCCCUGAGAUGCACUUCAACCCGGCGCACAACGUUUUCCAAUUAGCCAAAUGGAUAUAUCACAGGCCGCCACGCCACUUGACACCUAAGCGGUUCCGAUCGGAUCCUCUGGACCACGAAGUGAUAAAAAUCUCGGGUUCUAAUUUCAAUGUAAUUUCAGCGUAAGAAAGGCAAGGCUAAUUGUUUGCUUAGCGCAGGUCAACUGGAAUGCUCAUGGUUUAGGUUUAAUGGCCCAUGUUUAACUGGGCGUAUACGUAAUGUGCAGCUUGGCUGGGUGAACUUCUCCAGCUCGCUAAGUAAGUGUUUACGACGCGAUGCCAUUGGACACCAUGGAUGUGUGAGUGAGAGUUUGGCCAGACAAUUGAUAUUUUGCGAUCGGCGGAUCGGGUAUAAAUAACUGGUGAAAAAACACCGAACACCUCUCAUUCAAGCAUCAGUCGCGUCUGCGCCGUUCUACGUCGGACAUCGGAUUACGGAUAGCUGAAUAUACGGAAUACGGAUUUCCGGCCUGCCUUCGCGAAAAAGGAACGUUAUCAGAGCCCACCGGAAAUGGCAACGGAUGUGCAAUCGUUUUACAAAGACAAAACUGUCUUCCUAACGGGCGGCAGUGGAUUCCUUGGAAAAGUGACCAUUGCGAAGCUGCUCUGCACCACCGAGGUGAAGCGCAUCUAUGUGCUGCUCCGCGCCAAACGCGGCCAGGAAAUGCGGGAGCGAUGCGCCGCCUGGGAUAAGGAUCCGGUCUUCGGUAAUCUAAUGAAAAUAAAUCCCGAGGCUCUGAAGCGCGUGGUACCUUGUGGUGGCGAUUGCCAGGAGCCGGAUCUUGGCCUGAGCAACAGCGAUCGUCAGGUUUUGAUAGAUGAGGUGCAGAUUGUUAUCCACACGGCGGCCACAGUGCGUUUUGUGGAGCCGCUGCACAUCGCCCUGGCGGUGAACACCCGAGCCACCCUACUCAUGAUUCAACUGGCCAAGGAGAUGUCGCACUUGGAGUCCUUCGUUCAUGUAUCCACUGCGUAUUCAAACUGCGUGGUGGAGCACGUCAGUGAACGCUUCUAUCCGGAGCACUUGACCUGCCCAGCCGAAAAGAUCCUGGAGCUGCUGGAAAGCAUUAGUCCCGAGCUGUUGGAUGAAAUGGCACCGGCGCUGAUGGGCAAGUAUCCCAACACGUAUACGUAUACCAAGGCUCUGGCGGAGCAGCUGCUCCAGAAGGAGGCGAAGGACUUGCCGCUUAGCAUUUUUCGUCCGGGUGUUAUAAUUGCCAGCUAUAAGGAGCCCAUGCCCGGCUGGAUCGACAACCUGUACGGACCCAUUGCAGUUCUCUACGGAGCAGCCUUCGGAAUACUGCAUAUCACACUGCUUAAUCUCAAGGCCCAGGCUGGAAUUGUACCCGUGGACUACUGCGUCAAUAUGGUGCUGACCUGCGCUUGGAACACGGCCAGGGAUGCUAGCAUCAAGCUAUCGCCGGAGCCACCUAUCUACAAUUUUACGCCAAAUAAUGAUAACCUGAUAACCUGGGGUGGAUUUCGGGACAAGGCAGCGAGGCUGCGCUACACGUAUCCACUGACCAAGAUGAUGUGGUUGCCGUUUCUGCAUUGCACCACCAUUCCCUGGCUAUUCCGCUUCACGGCCAUCUUUUACCACCUGCUCCCCGGCUAUGGCAUUGAUCUGGCCUUGCGUUUAUGGGGCAAAAAGCCGCGCAUGAUCAAGCUGUACGACAAGAUCCACAAGAACAUUGAUAUUCUGGCACCCUUUGUGAUCACAUCCUGGUCCUUCGAUACCGUCAACACCCGCAAGUUGUGGGCCAAAUUGUCUGUCGAGGAUCAAAAGCUAUACGACUUCAAUAUGAGCAGCGUCGACUGGGAUGAUUACUUCCUGCAGGCACUGGCCGGAGUUCGCAUCUAUCUCGCCAAGGAGGAACCAGGACAGGAGGUAGUGGAAAGGGCACGAAAGAUCUACAGGAGGUUUCAAUUCCUUCAUCGGCUGCUGCAGUUCACUCUUUAUAGCGUUGCUGCUUUAAUCUUGUGGUCAAUUUUAAAGCGCCUAAUGGGCCUUUUUGUAUAAUAAUCACAAAUAAAGUUAAUUGGCUGCAAUUUA